AUGGCGGCAUCAGGUCGUGGUGCCAAGCACAGGGCCCUGGCCAGCAUUAGCCACGUGGCCCACGUGACCGUGACCACCAAGACAGCGGAGGCCAAGUGCGCCUACAGAGCAAGUUACUCAGAUGGAAAGCUCAAGGGCCCUCCUAAGCCGUGUGCGGGGAACCAGGGGACGCAGAUCACGGUCGAAGACCUUUUUUACAAUAUCGCCACAAGGAGGAAAGCUUUAAAAAACCCCAGUGAAGAGUACGGGAAAAUCUUGGAAGUUGUUGGCAGAUAUUCUGUCCACAACUCGGGCGUCAGUUUCUCGGUGAAAAAGCAAGGAGAAACGGUGCCUGACAUUAGAACCUUGACGAAUGCCACGGUGGUGGACAACAUCCGGUCCAUCUUUGGAAAUGCCGUGAGCAGAGAGCUGAUCGAGGUGGGCUGUGAUGACCCCCUGCUCUCCUUCCGCCUGAAGGGCUACAUUUCCAACGCCAACUACUCUGUGAAGAAGUGCAUCUUCUUACUCUUCAUCAACCACCGCCUGGUAGAGUCGAGCGCACUGAGGAAGGCCGUGGAGAGUGUGUAUGCCGCGUACCUGCCCAAGAACACGCACCCGUUCCUGUACCUGAGCCUGGAGAUCGCCCCCCAGAACGUGGAUGUCAACGUGCACCCCACCAAGCACGAGGUACACUUCCUCCAUGAGGACAGCAUUCUGGAACGCGUGCAGCAGCACAUCGAGGGCCGCCUCCUGGGUGCCAAUUCCUCACGCACCUACUUCACACAGACUCUGCUGCCCGGCAUUGCCGGCCCUGUGCCCGAAGGGGCAAAGUCUGCGGCCGGGGCCUUGGCGCCGCCUCAGGGGCCCAGCGACAGGGUCUAUGCCCAGCACAUGGUGCGCACGGAUUCCCGGGAGCAGAAGCUCGACGCCUUUCUGCAGCCCGUGAGCAGAGCCUCUGCUGAGCACCCCCCAGCCCCGAGCCCCGAGCGUCGGACGGCGCCUGGAGCCGCGCAGCCUGAUGAGGAGAUGGAGGAGCUGCCCGAGGGCCCUGGGCCGGCUGCAGGUGCCACGGGGCCGCCGGAAGGCCUGGAAGAAAGGGAGAGGCCACCCCCCGAAGCAGCUUGUCCCAGGAAGAGGCCUCGGGAGGAUUCUGAUGUGGAAAUGAGGCUGGAUGAGAUGACGGCGGCCUGCUGUCCACGCAGGAGGGUGGUCAAGCUGACCAGUGUCCUGACUCUGCAGGAUGAGAUCAGCGAGAGAGGCCAUGAUGCUCUCCGGGAGAUGCUGCGUGACCACUCCUUCGUGGGCUGCGUGAGCCCGCAGUGGGCACUGGCCCAGUACCAGACCCGGCUCUACCUCCUCAACACCACCUGCCUCAGCGAAGAACUCUUCUACCAGAUCCUGAUCUGUGACUUCGCUAACUUCGGGGUCCUGAGGCUCUCGGAGCCGGCGCCCCUGUACGAGCUGGCCAUGCUUGCCCUGGACCACCCCGAGAGCGGCUGGACGGAGGAAGAUGGCCCCAAGGAAGGCCUGGCCGAGUACAUCGUGGAGUUUCUGAAGAAGAAGGCCGAGAUGCUGGCCGACUACUUCUCCCUGGAAAUCGAUGAGGAAGGAAACCUGACCGGCCUGCCUCUUCUCCUGGACAACUACGUGCCCCCGCUGGAGGGGCUUCCCAUGUUCGUCCUGCGCUUGGCCACCGAGGUAAACUGGGAUGAAGAGAAGGAAUGUUUCCAAAGCCUCAGCAAGGAAUGUGCCCGGUUCUACUCCAUCAGGAAGCAGUAUGUGGUCGAGGAGGCCGCUGGGCCGGGCCACGAGAAGGAAGAGUGCGAAUCCGCUCCCGUGUCCUGGAAGUGGACGGUGGAGCACAUUCUCUACAAAGCCUUCCGCUCACAUCUCUUCCCCCCGACACAUUUCUCCGAGGACGGGAACAUCCUGCAGCUCGCCAACCUGCCGGAUCUCUACAAAGUGUUUGAGAGGUGCUGAAGGAUUUCACUGGGGGGGCCUGGCCAGCACCUGGUCAGCACGUUGCUCUUCCUGUGUCCCCUACAGAGCAAUGCCAAGUGUUGUCAAUAAAUUGUUGUCCAAUUCUCGGUUCA